AACACGAUCCGUGUUCUCGCGGUAAGAUGACGACUCUCACUCUCACUCUCACUUAAAUUCAGUUAACCCCACCCCCGCUUUGCCCCUCCAUCGUGAGCUCCCACUGAAGCUCAACUUUUUUCGCUUUUUCACCUUUUUGCCGCAUCAUAGGUCUCCUCAACAAGUUCGAAUAAGUUGCUGACCAAUGUUGAACUAUAGGUCGAUGCCACCUUCACAUCCAACUCCGGCCACCCUGGUGCGCCCAUGGGUAUGGCACCGGUUGCCCACGUCCUAUUCAACAAAUUCAUGAAGUUCAACCCCUCAAACCCAAAAUGGUUAAACCGCGACCGAUUCGUACUCUCCAACGGACACGGCUGCAUGCUGCAAUAUGCUCUCCUUCACCUCUUUGGGUACAAAGUGACCAUCCAAGAUCUUAAGGAAUUCCGAACAGUUGACAGCAUCACCCCCGGACAUCCCGAGGCCCACGACACCCCCGGUGUCGAGGUUACUACCGGUCCUCUUGGACAGGGUAUCUCUAAUGCCGUCGGUCUUGCCAUUGCCCAAGCCCAGACUGCUGCCAACUUCAACAAGGAUGGCUUCCCUAUCGUCGACAACUACACUUACUGCUUCCUAGGUGAUGGGUGCUUGAUGGAGGGUGUCUCUGGCGAGGCUUCUUCUCUGGCCGGCCACCUGCAAUUAGGUAACCUGAUCGCCAUCUACGAUGAUAACCAAAUUACCAUCGAUGGUGAUACUGCCUGCGCUUUCACUGAGGACGUUGUCAAGCGUUACGAGUCUUAUGGCUGGCAUGUUGAGAUUGUCGAUGACGGUGACAACAACCUUGAUGCCAUUGAGCAGGCCAUCCAGAAGUGCAAGGAGGUUACGAAUAAGCCCUCGAUAAUUAAGCUCAAGACCACUAUCGGCUUCGGCUCCUUGCAACAAGGUACCCACGGAGUCCACGGCUCCCCGCUAAAAGCCAACGACAUCAAGCAACUCAAGCAGAAGUUUGGCUUCAACCCCGAGCAAGCUUUUGCCGUCCCCCAAGAGGUCUACGACCAAUAUCACAAGAGGGGAGCAGAGGGAGCAGCUCUCGAAGAGGAGUGGAACAAGUUGUUCGCCAGCUACGGCUCCAAGUACAAGGCGGAGCAUGAUGACCUCGUCCGUCGUCAGAAGGGAGAGCUUCCCGCAGGCUGGGAGAAGCACCUUCCAGUAUAUACCCCCAAGGAUGCCGCCGUUGCGUCCCGAAAGCUGUCCGAGACUGUCCUCUCGAAGAUUGAGGCUGCUAUUCCCGAGCUCAUCGGUGGAUCUGCUGAUUUGACGGGAUCUAACUUGACUCGAUGGAAGGAGGCUGUAGAUUUCCAACCCCCAUCGACUGGACUUGGAAACUACAGUGGACGAUAUAUCCGAUACGGUGUUCGUGAGCACGGUAUGGGUGCUAUCAUGAACGGCAUUGCCGCUUAUGGUACCCUUAUCCCAUACGGCGGUACCUUCCUUAACUUCGUUUCAUAUGCUGCCGGUGCCGUUCGUUUGUCUUCGCUAUCCCAGUCUCGCGUGAUCUGGGUCGCAACCCACGACUCCAUUGGUCUUGGUGAAGACGGUCCUACCCAUCAGCCGAUUGAGACCCUCGCCCACUUCCGUGCCCUACCCAACAUGAUGGUCUGGCGACCAGCCGACGGAAACGAGACUAGCAGCGCUUACUACGUUGCUCUAACCUCGAAGCACACCCCCAGCAUCAUCGCGCUAUCGCGACAGAACCUACCUCAGCUUGAGGGCUCCACUAUUGAGAAGGCAAACAAGGGUGGUUAUGUUCUACACGAAGUCGAGGGUGCCGACAUUACCCUGGUCUCGACUGGCUCAGAAGUGUGCAUCUGCGUUGAUGCUGCCAAGUACCUCCAAGAGAAGCACGGCCUCAAGGCACGUAUCGUCUCGAUGCCUUGCUUCGAGGUCUUUGACUCGCAGCCUAAGGAGUACAGACUCAGCGUCUUCCCUGACGGCAUUCCGUCUCUGUCUGUCGAAGUCAUGAGCACAAUGGGCUGGGAGAGAUAUACUCAUGAGCAAUUUGGCUUGAACAGAUUCGGUGCCUCGGGUGCCUACAAGGAUGUUUACAAGGCAAGUUUUCCGGCAUUACAUCCUAUUUUGAAUAUAUACUAACAACUGUAAUAGAAGUUCGAAUUCACCCCCGAG